GCGCAAACGCUGCUUGGGCUGGAGGAGCGAGCUGGCAGUGUGUCUGUGAUCAAAGCGCUUAUUGUGUGAAUGGGGCUGGGGAUUAGCUGGCUGCAGUGCUCCAGCUGAAUCAUGCAUUGCACACAUGGGGAGUGGUGCCCAGACUGUGUAAGAAACAGCUAGAGCCGACCCUGUGCCUCCGUCCGACAGGAAAGGGGUUGGAGGAGAAGAAUGAGAGAGCAGCCAGUCUGCCAGCGCUUGCAGUCGCUGCUAUGAUGGUGGAGGGAGAUCUGCAGACACAUUGUGGGGUUUGGUGUUAGCUGCUGUGAGAGGUUCCAGGCGGGGAGACAGACACACACAGAGAGAGAGAAAGAGUGCUGAAGACGGGAGGCGCUGAGGAAGAUCGCAGCAGGAUUGUGGCUUUCGUUUUGUGCUGCAUUUUAACCCAGUGUUCGCAAAGAAAGGAAGGCUGGAAAUCGGCUCGGACCGGGGGUGACGACCAUGGGAAACGCCGGGAGUAUAGAUUCCCAGCACACGGACCUGCGGGCUCACUCCCUGCCCCUGAAGCUGCCAAUGCCUGAGCCCGGUGAGCUGGAGGAGAGGUUUGUGGUGGUCCUGAACUCUAUGAAUCUUCCUCCUGAUAAAGCGAGAUUGCUGAGGCAGUACGAUAAUGAGAAGAAGUGGGAGCUCAUUUGUGAUCAGGAAAGAUUUCAAGUGAAAAAUCCUCCACAUACAUACAUUCUGAAAUUGAAAGGUUAUCUUGAUCCAGCUGUAACCAGAAAGAAGUUCAGAAGAAGAGUGCAAGAAUCAACUCAGGUACUGCGAGAACUGGAGAUUUCUCUGAGAACGAACUAUAUUGGUUGGGUGCGUGAGUUUUUGAAUGAAGAGAACCAAGGUCUGGACAUAUUGGUGGAAUACCUUUCAUUUGCACAGUACGCAGUUACAUUUGAUUUUGAAAGUGUGGAAAAUAAUGUGGAGAAUGCAGUGGACAAAUCCAAACCUUGGAGCCGGUCCAUUGAGGACUUACAUCGAGGUAGUAAUCUGCCUUCUCCAGUUGGUAACACUCUGGCCCGCUCUUCCAGGCAUUCAACAUUACGAUUCAACACUUUACCAAGCAGAAGGACGCUGAAGAAUUCUAGAUUAGUGAGCAAGAAAGAUGAUGUUCAUGUCUGCAUCAUGUGCUUGCGUGCAAUCAUGAACUAUCAGUAUGGCUUUAACAUGGUCAUGUCACAUCCACAUGCUGUUAAUGAAAUUGCUCUGAGUCUGAACAAUAAGAAUCCUAGGACAAAGGCUCUUGUCUUGGAACUUCUAGCAGCUGUUUGUCUUGUCAGAGGAGGACAUGAAAUAAUCUUAUUAGCAUUUGAUAAUUUCAAAGAGGUGUGUGGUGAAAAGCACCGUUUUGAAAAGCUAAUGGAACAUUUCCGAAACGAAGACAAUAACAUUGACUUCAUGGUGGCCUGUAUGCAGUUUAUUAACAUUGUAGUCCAUUCUGUAGAGGAUAUGAAUUUCCGAGUGCAUCUCCAAUAUGAGUUCACCAAACUAGGACUGGAUGAAUACCUGGAUAAACUGAAAAAUACGGAGAGUGACAAACUGCAGGUGCAAAUACAAGCCUACUUGGAUAACGUCUUUGAUGUGGGUGCACUACUUGAAGAUGCUGAAACCAAGAAUGCUGCCUUAGAGAGAGUAGAAGAACUGGAAGAAAACAUUUCUCAUUUGUCAGAAAAGUUGCAAGAUACUGAAAAUGAAGCAAUGGAAAAAAUUGUGGAACUGGAAAAGCAGUUAAUGCAAAGAAGUAAAGAACUGGAAGUUAUAAGAGAGGUUUACAAAGAUACCAACACCCAGGUACAUACACUUCGGAGAAUGAUCAAAGAGAAGGAGGAGACCAUACAAAGGCAUAACCACCUAGAGAAAAAGAUCCAUGAAUUGGAGAAGCAGGGGUCUAUCAAAGUCCAGAAGAAAGGAGAUGGUGACAUUGCCAUUGUACCAGUUUUGUCUUCUGCAGCACUGUCCCCAGGGGCUGAGCAAAUAUCUAGCCUUUAUACAGGACCACCACUAGAGGCAUCAGGAUCAAUGUCACCCCUUCCCCCACCACCUCCAUGCCUGCCAGGUGCAGUACAAAAUGGACCAGUUUCAGUCCAGGCAUCAUCACCACUUCCUCCUCCUCCACCACCACCACCUCCAGCAGCAGAAGCUCCACCUGCUCCUCCACCACCACCACCACCACCACCACCGGCAGCUCCUCCAUUGCCAGGGACAGCCCCAACUCUAAUUUUUAAUCCUGGUUUAGCAGAGGGACCAAUCAAGCUGUUCUCUGUGAAGAUCAAGAAACCUAUCAAAACGAAAUUCCGUAUGCCAGUCUUUAACUGGGUGGCACUGAAGCCCAAUCAGAUCAAUGGCACUGUCUUCAAUGACAUUGAUGAUGAGAGAAUUCUUGAGGAACUGAACGUGGAUGAAUUUGAAGAAAUAUUUAAAACAAAAGCCCAAGGGCCAGCCAUGGAUGUAGUCUCUAAUAGACAAAAGGUGAUUCAAAGGGGGUCGAACAAAGUAACGUUGCUGGAUCCCAACAGAGCCAAGAACCUUGCCAUCACAUUGCGAAAGGCAGGAAAAACCACCGAUGAAAUAUGCAGAGCUAUCCAGAUGUUUGACUUGAAAACAUUACCUGUAGACUUUGUUGAGUGCCUAAUGAGGUUCUUACCAACAGAAAAUGAAGUUAAGGUUCUCAGACAGUAUGAAAGAGAGAGAAAACCAUUGGAGAAUCUAACAGAUGAAGACCGGUUUAUGGUGCAGUUCAGUAAGGUUGAAAGACUGAUGCAGAGAAUGACCAUUAUGGCUUUCAUUGGAAACUUUACAGAGAGCGUUCAGAUGCUGACACCGCAACUCCACGCUAUAAUAGCUGCAUCUGUAUCAAUAAAAGCAUCUCAAAAAUUGAAGAAAAUUCUGGAGAUAAUAUUGGCUCUAGGCAACUACAUGAACAGCAGUAAGAGGGGAGCAGUAUAUGGAUUUAAACUGCAGAGUUUAGACCUGCUUUUAGACACAAAGUCAACAGAUCGCAAACAGACCUUGUUACAUUACAUUGCAAAUGUUAUCAAGGAGAAGUAUCCUGAUGUAUCCCUCUUCUACAAUGAGCUCCACUAUGUGGAGAAAGCAGCUGCAGUGUCCCUUGAGAAUGUCUUACUGGAUGUUAAAGAGCUCCAAAGAGGCAUGGACCUCACAAAGCGAGAGUAUACGAUGCAUGAGCAUAACGUUGUGCUAAAAGAAUUUCUUAAUGCCAAUGAAGGAAAACUGAAAAAAUUGCAGGAGGAUGCAAAAAUAUCACAGGAUGCCUUUGAUGAGGUGGUUAAAUACUUCGGCGAGAAUACAAAGACAACCCCUCCUUCAGUCUUCUUCCCUGUAAUUGUGAGAUUUGUGAAGUCAUACAGGCAAGCUGAUCAGGACAAUGAGCUACGGAAGAAACAGGAGCAGGCACUUUUGAAUAAAAUCCUUGAACAGGAAAGCGCGUUGGAACAACAGGAUGAUAAGUCCCCGUCGCAUAAAACCAAGAGACAACAGCAGGAGUUAAUUGCAGAGCUGAGAAGGAAACAAGUUAGAGAGCACAGACAGGUCUAUGAAGGAAAAGAUGGUGCCAUUGAGGAUAUCAUUACAGAUCUUAGGAACCAACCGUACAGGCGUGCAGAUGCAUUGAGAAGAAGUGUGAGAAGACGUUUUGAUGAACAAAACUUGCGUUCAGUGAAUAGCACUGAAUUGGCAUUGUGAUGGAGAAGGAAAGUGUUGAGAGUAUGGGUGCGUUUGAAUGAUGUCUGCAUGACGAAUGCUUUGUUUGUUACCACGUAACUACCAGACUGGCAUGCUGUUGGAAACAGGGAUGAUGACAAGAGGAGGAAUCACAGGCAAUCUGUGUGGGCUAGCAGAUGUAUUCAGCCCAAGAUAAGUGCCUAAAUGUAAAAUUUCCUCUCAAGCUACACAGCACAAUGUUGCUGCAGUGUAAUUGUUGACAUGACAUAACUGUUAAGUUUUAUUAUAUACAAUAAAUUUUAACAAAGUUGUAAGCUAAAA